AUGGCGGACGCAGAGUUGCAGGAGCGUUUUGGCUCCGGCCACGACCCGAUCGAGCCAGAUGUCAUCAAAGAAAUGCAGUCCAUCAUGCGCCUCUACGAACUCUCUGCCGAAGAUCUCUACUACAAGUGGGAGUCCUACUGCAUCAAGAUGGAGAUGGAUGCGGCGACAGUCACGCUCCCGCCUCUGCGAAACCUCAAACAGGAUAUUCAGGAUGCCCUGGAGAAGAACACCCGACAACAGACCCAGGUCAAGACAGAGAAGAGGGUGGGCGCGACACCAAGGGCAGCACGGGCUGGCGGUGAUGUCUAUGGCAUGCUCGACGGCCUGUUGCCGAAUACGCCUGCAUCUGCGAGGAACAAGAACGCGAGCGCCAAGAAGAAGCCCUAUGAGACGCCGUCCAUGUCGAGGGUCAAGGGCGUGCCCGCCAGUUCGCCGGACUACAAGAGCAGUCCCAUGAAGAUGGAGGAUCAUGUCAACUCAAUGCUACCACCAUCUUCCUUCAAUGACCGCCCAAACGCCGGCGAGAUACUCGAAAUUCUCAACGAGCACCUGCAAGCCCCCGAGGCACCCAUCUGCCCCUACCCGGAAUCCCGUAUCAAGUUGACAGCCGCCUCCGACCAGAAGAAGCUCGCCUACAAGCCAAUGGGCAUGAAAUUGUCCGAGGCAUCGGAGAUCCUGGACGACAGGAUAGACGACUUCAUGGAGCUGGUCCAGAACCACCAUCAGCUCGACCCCUCCGAAAUCGGCAGCGCCGCCAACCAGAGCACCACACCCGUCAUCGCAGUAGGCCGCAUCGCCUCAGAUUCCCCCGAGGGCAAGCUGAACGCUGCCUCCAUAGUUCUCGAAACGUCACGAAGGACCGGCGGUGGCCAGCGGGUGCCCUUGAACAUGGGCCAGAGAGGAUUCAGCUUCUUCCCCGGCCAGAUCGUCGCUGUCAAGGGCAUCAACUCAUCAGGCAGCGAGUUCUUGGUCGAAGACGUUCUCGAUAUCCCGCUCCUCCCCAAUGCUGCAUCCCUGCCAGCCACACUGGCGGCUCAUCGCGAGAGGCUGCGGGGUGACCCAGAUGCCAUGGACUCGGACUCGGACCCUGCGCCGCUGAACAUAUUGUUCGCUUCCGGUCCCUAUACUGCCGACGACAACCUCGACUUUGAGCCUCUGCAAGCGCUCUGCAGCCGUGCUGCCGACACCUACGCCGACGCUGUCAUACUCGCCGGUCCCUUCAUCGAUGCUGAGCACCCCCUUAUCGCCAUGGGUGACUUUGACCUUCCGGAAGACGCCGUCAUCGACCCAGACACGGCCACGAUGACCACUGUCUUUAAAUACCUCUUUACCCCCGCGCUCAACCGCCUCGCUGCCGCAAACCCCGCAGUCACAGUACUUCUCGUGCCUUCCGUCCGCGACAUGAUCGACAAGCACGUGUCCUGGCCCCAGGACACUUUCGCCAAGAAGGACCUCGGCCUGCACAAGGCGAUCCGCAUCAUCUCCAACCCCAUGACUCUCUCCGUCAACGAGACGGUCAUGGGCCUUUCCUCACAGGAUGCCCUCUGGGAGCUGCGUCACGAGGAGGUUGUCGCCGGAAAGCCCAAGGACACCGUGUUGCUUUCAAGGCUCUGUAGGUAUCUGCUCGAGCAGAGACACUACUUCCCGCUUUUCCCGCCGGCGGAUCGGUCGAAGCUGCCAAAGACGGGCACAGAAGAGGGACUGCCGCCGGGAGCCAUGCUGGAUGUGAGCUACCUGAAGCUGGGCGAGAUGGUCAACGUCAGGCCGGACCUGCUGCUGGUGCCGAGUUUCCUGCCUCCGUUUGCCAAGGUCGUCGAGAGUGUGUUGGUCAUCAAUCCUGGAGUUUUGUCCAAGAGGCGAGGUGCUGGCACAUACGCGCGCAUGACGUUGUAUCCGCCUUCAGGGCGUGGGGAUGCCGAGACCAUGGUUAGCCAUCAAGUGUUUGACCGAGCGCGUGUUGAGAUUACCAAGAUUUAG